AUGGUACUUUGUAUCUCGAUCCCAAAAUCCAAAAAGACCACAGCCAAGAAGACGUCCGAAGACGCACCUAUAGGCCGGUCCAACAUCAUCACCAGCGUGAGUGGUAGCCCAGACCCCGAUGCCGCCCUGCAGCAGGCCAAGAGAAACAAGACGAGGCAAGAGCCGCCAUCAGCCGAAUCUCUCUCGACUACGGACAUGAGUAAGAGCACGGACGUGAGCACCCUGGGAGGCAAUAGCAUGGUGACGAGUAUCACCACCAACAGCAGCAGUAGCAGCAUGGUGGUGAGCAGCAGAACAUCGUACAGCGGCGAGACGGUGCAGACUGGUGAGGCGGUGCAGAAUGAAAAAGCAGUGCAGAAAGGCAACAUGGUAGGAGAAGACGGCGUAGUCAUGAGCGGCGGCAAGAACAUCCGGAGUGGCGACGGCAGCCAACAAAGGUAG